UGUUUCCAUGACAACAGGGACGACCUUGUAGACCGGCCUGUUGGACUGGUGACGAGAGCGCCCCAUCAUGGCGUCCACGAGCGCCACCAUGCGGAGGAUGUUUGUGCUGCUGCUGGUGAUCAUUAUUGUAGAUUUUCGGGCUGAGGCUUUUUUGUUUUUCCGGCCCAGACCCAAACCUAACCAUGGAUCAACUCAAGAGGUACAAGGACAUGGACAAGGUGGGGACGGAGGAGUGCAAUCAGGUUGUCAGAUUCGCAGCACGGACACCCACUACCGGUACCGCUGGGAUCUGCCGAGGUUGACAGGACACCGGUUCACUUUUGAGGUGAAGGCGACCAAUGACGUCCAUGUGGCGUUGUCAUCCCAAAAUCAGGACCUGGCGAACAUGUAUGAAAUCGUCAUCGGUGGCUGGAGUAACAGAAAGUCUGCCAUACGCCGCCGCAAGCAAGGCACCAACCGUGGUACGACCUGGACAUCUGGAAUCAACUCCAAGACAGAGUACAGAAAGUUCUGGAUCACCUGGUCCCCAGACGGAACCAUUGCUGUUGGGAGGGGUGGCGAAACCCAGUCGUUCAUGCAGUGGACAGACCCCGACCCCCUGCCCAUCAACUAUGCCGGAUAUACCACUGGGUGGGGGAGUACUGGACUUUGGAGGUUCUGCCCCAAUGCAGGUGGGGACGGGGGAACCACUACGACAAAUACACGCUACAGAGUGUACAACGAAGCGAAGACAUACUCCGAGGCCCAGAGGCGGUGCCAACAGGACGGCGGACAUCUUGCUGAUUUGAAAACACCUGCCAUCGCUGCCGCUGUUUCAAGACUGGUGGACAGUAGGAAUGGCUAUUGGAUCGGUCUGAAUGACAUUAACCAUGAGGGUGGCUGGCACUGGUCUGACGGUGUACCGUUGAGCAGUUGUAGCUACAAGAACUGGUACCCUGGGGAACCCAACAACAGAGGUAACGAAGACUGUGUCCACCUGUUACCCAACGAAGGUUUGAGGUGGAACGAUAAUAGCUGCAAUGCGAGAAAAUACUUCAUCUGUCAAACAGGAGACAGUCAGAACGCCGGGUGCGAUGGAAAUCCUCCAGAACCUAUCAACCAUGUAUGCCUGGGUCAGCUGUCGUGUCAGACACCAUCACCGGGUACGUGCUUGGCAUGGGGUGAUCCUCACUACAUGACGUUCGACAACCGUCGUCACGACUUCCAAGGAACGUGCAAGUACGUCCUAGUGCGCCACGCCGACUUCACGGUGGCAGUCCGUAACGUCCACCGUCCCGGUCAUAGCCAGCGGGUGACCUUCUGCGACCGUGUGGAGGUGACCGUGUACGGGUACAAGAUCCAGAUUCGCAGCGGGGACGGGAGAGAGGUCCUGGUGAACGGAUACCGCCGAAGCCUCCCUGUCUGCCUGAACCGCAAGGUCUACAUCUCCAUCAGCGGUUUGAAUGUGCUGAUCGAGACUGACCGCUGCUUCUCACUCACGUACGACGGGAACCACAAAGUGGAGAUCAACGUUCCCGCCUCCUACAAAGGAAAGCUGAGUGGAAUGUGCGGAAACUACAACGGCCAGCCGAACGACGACAACCUCUUCCCUGGAGGACAGGUCGCUUCCACCUCCCUUCUGUACGGCAACAGUUGGAUCGCUCCUGAUGACGACACCUGCCCGGACACAACACCUCAGGACAAUUUUGACUCUAACGACAUCCCCCCGGGUGAUCGGCAGAUAUACCUGCAUCCGAGCAAGUGUGGACUGCUUAAUGCUGUAAACGGACCGUUUAGGACUUGUCACUCCAUCGUGAGUCCGUCGGAGUUCGUCGAGACGUGCGUGUUCGACAUGGCGGCGUACCGGGGCGACCAGCUGGUGCUGUGUCAGAACUUACAGGCGUACGCUGACGCAUGCGUGUCAGCGGGAGGGAAACCAAAACAGUGGAGGAGGAGCGGCUUCUGUGCGGUGCCGUGUCCACCUCACAGUCACUACUCCCAGUGUGCCACUCCCUGUCCCCGCACAUGCGCAGACUCCGGUCCGAGGCCCUGUACGAAGAACUGCGUGGAGUCGUGUGUCUGUGAUAACGGUUAUGUGCUCAGCGGUGCCCACUGCGUGCCUUUAAGCAGCUGUGGGUGCUCUAAGGACGGAAAUCUCUAUGAGAAAAACGAAGUCUGGAAAUCAGGAAACGAGAUUUGUACAUGUCUGCCAACCAGACGUAUACAGUGUGAGCAGCAGACAGGUGGAGAAGUUCCCGUUGAAAUUGGCGGAACGGGCUGGGGCACAGUAGAAGGGUCUUUGUCGUUCGUGUCCAUCGGAUUUUGCGGCGUUUGGGGCGUGAACUCCGCCGGAGUGGUCUACUACCGAGUGGGCACGUACGGCAACGAGCGGGUCCCCGGGACGGGGUGGCUGACAGUAACCGGCGCCGUCAGGCUUGUGCAGAUCAGUUCCGGCCAGGGCAUCGUGUGGGGCGUUACCGCUAGGUACAGGGUCUAUGUGCGAAUCGGUAUCACGGCCCAGCGUCCACAGGGCACACGUUGGACACAGAUCAGGGGCAGGGCCCUGAAGUCAGUCUGCGUGUCAGGAAACUACGUCUGGGGAGCUACAACUACCGGUACAGUCUACUACAGGACUGGGGUAACCGCAGCAAGGCAAUCAGGUACGGGGUGGGCGCAGGUGAGAGGAUCACCAAUACGCGGCCUUUCGUACGUAUCAAUCGGGCACUGUGGGGUGUGGGGAGUGACAUCUAGCGGCACGAUCUGGUACCGCAGCGGCACGUAUGGAGGCACAGGCUCCGUUGGAACAGGCUGGGUCCAGGUCACGGGCUCCCUGGUCAGCAUCAGCGUGGGGUACAACGUGGUGUGGGGAGUGAGUGCCAUUGGACAAGUCUUCAUCAGAGUCGGAAUAACGGCCGAAACGCCACAGGGAACAGCUUGGCUAUUGGUCGGGGGAAGCCUCACACAGAUCUACGUCAGUUCGUCGUCCAACCGCGUGUGGGGAUGUGGACUGGGUCGUCACAUCUACCUCCGUGUAGGAAUUACAUGGAGCCAAGAACCUGAGGAUAUUCCCGCGCCCACCUGCCACUCAAAAGCGGACAUCCAUGUCCUAGUGGACGGAUCUAAGAGUGUGAAGACACGGAACUUCCCCUCAGUACGGCAGUUCAUCCUGAAACUGGCGGCAGGGUUCGAGAUAGGACCCAACAAGGCUAGAAUCGGCGUGUACCAGUUCGCCAGGGACAUGCAAACGGAGUUCAAGAUGAACCAGUACAACAAUAGAGAGGCCUUGCUGGAUGCCAUCAAGAGGAUUGAGUACAUGAAUAAAUAUCACACGAGAACCGGAAAAUCUCUAGAGGCUGUUUACGACGAGUUCACCCAAGCUAAUGGUGCCAGGGAUGGUGUGGAAAAGAUCAUCAUCUUAAUAACAGACGGGAAGGCCACCGACCAAGUGAGAGCGCCUGCGCAGUACGUGAAAAACAAGGGUGCGCACGUGUUCACUGUGGGCGUGGCCAAGUACAAAAUGUCUGAACUUAAGCUCAUCGCGUCGAAUGACGACUACGUGGCCACUGCUGAUGAUUUUGACGACUUGGACCGGAUCAGAGACAAAGUGCUGGAAGUCGUCUGUCACGCUGACAAGUGCAGUCGUAACAUUGGAGCCGAGGUGGAGAACGGUCUGCAGUACCUGAAGGGAACGGCAGAGGAGCUGAUGGACGAACUGGAGGGACGUAAGAACCUGGGUCUGGAAACAGCACAGACGGAGACUGGAGAGGAUGCUGCUAUGCAGCUCAGAGAGAUGUUAGAUUCCAUGUCCGACCUGACGAACGAUGCCAUCGAGGCUGGCGAAGAAGCCACCAAGAGUGUGUCACUCGUCCUCAACAAGAUCGACCGACAACUGCAGGACAUCCGGGACCUCACGGACAUCCGGGACCCGUCGGACAUCCGGGACCUCUCCAACAUCCAGGACAUUCCAGAGUCUGCUGAGUACGAGGAAUCAAUGGACCUUCACGACCCUCAGCCUGACAGGAUGGAGGAAAUCCGGAACGUUCUCGAGGCAGAUCUAGACAUGCUGGAGGAAAUCCGGAACCUUCAAGUUGACGUAUUGGAGGAAAACGAGGGCCUUGAACUUGACGGCUUGGAGGAAAGAGAAGGCGUCGACCUUGACGGACUGGAUGAAGACGAUGGCCUUAAACACGACAGACUGGAGGAAGAUGAAAGCCUCAAAUCUGACGGACCGGAGAUAGAUGAAGGCCUCGAACUUGACGGACUGGGGGAAGACGAGGGCUUCGAACUUGACGGACUGAAGGAAGAUGAAGGCCUCGAACCUGACGGACUGGAAGAAGACGAGGGUCUUGAACUUGACGGACUGGAGGAAGACGAGGGUCUUGAAACUGAUGGACUGGGGGAAGACGAGGGCUUCGAACUUGACGGACUGAAGGAAGAUGAAGGCCUCGAACCUGACGGACUGGAAGAAGACGAGGGCCCUGGACCUGACGGACUGGAGGAAGACGAGGGCCUAGGACCUGAUGGACUGGAGGAAGACGAGGGCCCUGGACCUGACGGACUGGAGGAAGACGAGGGCCCUGAACCUGACGGACUGGAGGAAGACGAGGGCCCUGGACCUGACGGACUGGAGGAAGACGAGGGCCCUGGACCUGACGGACUGGAGGAAUACGAGGGCCUAGGACCUGACGGACUGGAAGAAGACGAGGGCCCUGGACCUGACGGACUGGAGGAAUACGAGGUCCCUGGACCUGACGGACUGGAGGAAGACGAGGGCCCUGGACCUGACGGACUGGAGGAAGACGAGGGCCCUGGACCUGACGGACUGGAGGAAGACGAGGGCCCUGGACCUGACGGACUGGAGGAAGACGAGGGCCCUGGACCUGACGGACUGGAGGACGUGCUGAGGGAGAUUGAGAAGAUCAUCGACGAAUGAUUGACACCUGACAUCCAUUUAAACAUUGUCUUUACGCAGUGCAUACGCAGUCAUAGUGCUGUACUUUUUUUGUUUUAGUGUUAGAGAUAAAAGUAUAGAACAUUCUAAGUAGCGCAGUUAGCUUUAUGUCAUAGAAUAUAUGCAUUGAUACCGGUUUUCAAGCUGAAGUAGGAUAUAUCUAUGUGGUUCAUGCUAAUUGCCUCCAUGAAAUGUCAUGGAGGCCAUAUUUUACCCUGCAUUUGUGUGUGAACAAGAUAAUUCAGUGGAUUGGUUUCAUAUUUGGUGUGUUGGUAGGGUGUGACGAAAGCUGGAAAUGAUUAGUUUUGGCCCACCUAGCGGCUUUCCCUGUUUUAGAUACGAUUGGAAUCAUUGAAUGUUAUGGGUCCUUAAAUUCUUUGACUGCUUCAAACACGAAGAUGCUAGAUAAUAGAACCAGUACAAUUUUCAAAAAUUCCCACCUAUUUCGUUGCUAGUUUUUUUUUCAUAAACAUGUAAUAGUGAACCAUUCCUCAACACACAAUUUGAUACUUUGCUACUUGAAAUUACAUGUAAUAAGCUUGUUCAAACAUUCCGAUGGAAUGCUGGGAUUAAGGUUAAUUAUUUGGUGUAAUAGAAUUAUUACAUGGUAAUGCAAGUUAACGAUAUGGCAUAAAUGUUAUACACAAAUAGAGGUGAGAGAAUGUUACGAAGUGAACGCAAUUGGCGGCUACCUUUUUUUUUACUGUCUUUUAUAGGUCAAUUUGGCAUCGCUAAUGCA